AUGACAUCAACACAAAAGUUGCGCCCAGACGCCAGUCCGGAGGUCCUUGACUGGAUCUCCUUGGUUGCCUUGUUUCCCCUCUUCUUAACAAAAUGGUCGCUGGCAUUCUUGUUUUCUAACCAGAAAUCUCUUCACUGGCGCCAAAACUGCGCCCUGACAUUUCUGCGCACGCAAAGAAGCAUAUUUCCCACCCCUCUGCUCAGAUGGCUGGUCCGUCGUGUUUCCACGGGGUCCACAAUCAAGGACUACUGCAGCAAGCACAAGAUCGCACACCAGAUCGUCACUUUACCAGCUUCAUCGACCGAGCUUCAUCCUGCUCUUUUGCCGCCAGCAGUGUUGCAUAUUUUGACACUGGGCAAUGUUGAAGCCAAAUCCAGGUCUGGGAAAGCCCCGACGCUUCUUUACUUUCACGGCGGUGGUUUCGUGAAUCCAUUGCGAUCCCCUCACAUGCCCUUUAUCCUCGCAUGUGGCCAUUCAGUUCGAGCAAAGCAAAUCAUCAUUCUCGAAUACAGCCUAGCCCCGGAACACCCAUACCCAGCACAGCUCAUCCAAUGCGUGGCGUCCCUUUCCUAUCUUAUGUGCACCUCCUCUGGUCUCGGCAUCUCUGCCGAGGACAUUAUCUUAGCGGGCGACAGUGCAGGUGGUACGCUGGUUGGAUCAGUAUUGUCCCACAUCCAGAACCCCAGCCCUUAUGCCCCAAUGCUCCAGAUGAAAAGUGGUGAAGAGUUCCAGGCCGCGGUGAUGAUUAGUCCGUUUGUCAGACUGCAUAAGGAGUCGAUGGACUCCCCAAUGGGAAGCUACAAAAUGAAUGAAAAGCGAGAUUACCUGACCAGAAUACAGGUGGAUGAGUUUGGAGAGGCUUGGAAAGGGGAUGAGAAGGAGGUUUGGGCAAAUCUGUGCGGAGUUGAGGGAGCAGACAAGGUGUGGCAGGCUGUGUUUCAAGGAAAAGGUGGGGUCAGGUUGGUGAAGAAGCUGUUCAUCACGGUUGGGACAGCAGAAGUGUUUUUGGACGACUGUAGAUUCUUUGGCGGGGAGUCCUACGCCAAUACCCAGACCGUGAUUGCGAAACAGGAAAAGAGUAAAGACUGGACGGAGGAACUGGGGAGUUGGGAGAGGAUCAUGGUUGAGUGUGAAGGUGAAGCGCACGUCCAAGCGGUGCUCGAUGCUGCUUUGGGAUAUCAGGAUGGGGUCAUGACAAGGGCGAUCAUGACGUGGCUUAAGACGUUGUAG